AACGCUCCGUGCCGCCCCAGCCAACUAGCGUGCGGAUAUUCGCUGCAGGUUUACGCUAUCAGUAAAUUAGGACAUGGCAGCCUCGCGAGCAGCUUGAGAGGUGGACGAGCGACGGACGGCGUUGCCUAAAUGAGAUAAAAGCGCGUGAUAGUGGCGGUUUCUGUUUGCUCUCCGGUGACGGAGGUUGUCGGUACAGACAGAAAUACCAACGAGGAAAGACGAGGCUAGCACAGUAAUACUAGUCUGCUCCGCUACACCGCGAAAUGCUCUCUUCUAUGCUGGGGAUCUGUAUCCUACUAAUAUGUCUGCAACAGUGCGGUUAUGUUCACGGGUCCAGGGCAGAAUGUGACCCCAGCCAGUUCCAGUGUGGGAACGGCCGCUGCAUCCCCUCCGUGUGGCAGUGCGACGGGGACGAGGACUGCUCCGACGGCAGCGACGAGAACACGUGUGUGAGAAAGACGUGUGCAGAGAUGGACUUUGUGUGCCAGAAUGGCCAGUGUGUCCCCAAGAGGUGGCACUGCGACGGCGAGCCGGACUGUGAAGAUGGAUCGGACGAGAGCGUGGAAGUCUGCCAUGCCAGGACGUGUCGUGUGAAUGAGUUCAGCUGUGGCGCAGGCUCCACCCAGUGCAUCCCCGUGUUCUGGAAGUGUGACGGAGAGAAGGACUGUGACAACGGAGAGGACGAGUUUAACUGUGGUAACAUCACCUGUGCUCCCCUGGAGUUCACCUGCGCCAGCGGCCGCUGCAUUUCUCGCAACUUUGUGUGCAACGCCGAGGACGACUGCGGGGACGGCAGCGACGAGCAGGACUGCUCGCCGUCCUCCUGCGCGCCCUCCGAGUUCCCGUGCGGCAACGCCACCUGCAUCCCCGCCAGCUGGGUGUGCGACGACGACGUGGACUGUGAGGACCAAUCGGACGAGUCCCCUCAGCGCUGCGGCCGCCACCCCACGCCGCCAGCCAAGUGCUCGUCCAGCGAGACGCAGUGCGGCUCCGGGGAGUGUAUACACAGGAAGUGGCGUUGCGACGGAGAUCCCGACUGCAAGGAUAGCAGCGACGAGGCCAACUGUCCUGUGCGUACCUGCAGGUCAGACCAGUUCAAGUGUGAGGACAGCAACUGUAUCCAUGGCAGCAGACAGUGUAAUGGUCUGCGGGACUGUGCAGACGGAUCGGAUGAAGUGAAUUGUAAAAACUUGACCCAGUGUAACGGACCAGACAAAUUCAAGUGCCGUAGUGGAGAGUGUAUCGAGAUGAGCAAGGUGUGCAACAAGGCCCGGGACUGUCCUGACUGGAGCGAUGAGCCUAUUAAAGAGUGCAACCUAAACGAGUGUCUCCUGAACAACGGAGGCUGCUCACACAUCUGCAGGGACAUGGUGAUUGGCUACGAGUGUGACUGCACCCCCGGAUUGCAGCUCAUCGACCGCAAGACCUGUGGGGACAUAAACGAGUGUCUGAACCCCGGCAUCUGUAGUCAGAUCUGCAUAAACCUGAAGGGGGGCUACAAGUGCGAGUGUCACAACGGCUACCAGAUGGACCCCACCACCGGAGUCUGCAAGGCCGUGGGUAAGGAACCCUGUCUGAUUUUCACCAACCGCCGGGACAUCCGGAAGCUGGGUCUGGAGCGGAGGGAGUACACCCAGAUUGUGGAACAGCUCAGGAACACGGUGGCCUUGGACGCCGACUUCAACCAACAGAGGAUCUUCUGGGCCGACCUGGGACAGCGCGCCAUCUACAGCUCGGCCCUGGACCGGCGAGGAGACGUGCGUGCGGUCGGAAAUCACACCAAGGUCAUCGACAACAUCCAGACGCCGGUCGGCAUCGCUGUGGACUGGAUCUACAAGAACAUCUACUGGUCCGACCUUGGGACAAAGAGCAUCGCCGUGGCCAACUUCAAUGGAACCAAGCGAAAGGUCCUCUUCAACAAGGGCUUGAAGGAACCAGCCUCCAUCGCUGUGGACCCUCUCUCUGGCUUCCUGUACUGGUCGGACUGGGGUGAGCCUGCUAAGAUAGAAAAGUCUGGCAUGAAUGGAGUGGACCGCCAGGUUCUGGUGGACACAGACAUCCAGUGGCCCAAUGGCAUCACCCUGGACCUCAUCAAGAGCCGUCUGUACUGGGUGGACUCCAAGCUGCACAUGCUCUGUAGCGUGGACCUGAACGGGGACAACAGGAGGAAAGUGCUCCAGUCGUCAGACUACCUGGCUCACCCCUUCGCUCUCACGGUCUUCGAGGACCGUGUGUUCUGGACGGACGGGGAGAACGAGGCCAUCUACGGAGCCAACAAGUUCACAGGGUCAGACGUGGUGACACUGGCCAGCAACCUGAACGAGCCCCAGGAUAUUAUAGUCUACCACGAGCUCAUCCAGCUGUCUGGUACCAACUGGUGCAGUGAGAAGGGGGAGAACGGGGGCUGUAGCUUCAUGUGCCUCCCGGCCCCCCAGAUCAACAAACACUCUCCCAAGUUCACCUGUGUGUGUCCCGGGGACCAGGACCUGUCUGCAGACGGCCUCCGCUGCCGACCAGAGGCCAACGUGAGCACAUCCAUCCAUGAGGUCGACUCUACAGCUCGAGGGUCUGCUGCUGCGUGGGCCAUCCUACCCGUCUGUGAGUGGCUCUUUCUCCCUCUCCUCCCUCCACUCACACUGUGUAUAAUCACACACCCGCCCUCCCCUCCCCCCGCAGUGUUGCUGGCCAUGGCAGUGGCUGGAGGAUACCUCAUGUGGAGGAACUGGCAGCUGAAGAACCAGAAGAGCAUGAACUUUGACAACCCCGUCUACCUGAAGACCACCGAGGAGGACCUGAACAUCGACAUCACCCGCCACAGCUCCACCGUGGGCCACACGUACCCUGCCAUCUCAGUGGUUAACACAGAUGAUGACCUCACCUAACCGAUUUUUUUCAACACUCCCGGGCAGUUUACUGCACCUUUGGUUACUGUGCCAACGGCUGCUCCAGCGACCAUAUGCCUUCAGAAGUGCAUUAGCUUGUUGUUGUUCAUCAGGGGUAGCGGACUUAUCUGUCAUGUGUGAAUGUGCUAAUGAUCUAAAUCACACACGGUAUGUCCAAAGUUUGUUGGGAUCCUGGGGGUGUGGCCUCUCAAAUCCUCACCUCUUCCUUCCCCGUCCCCCAAUCAUGUGUCAAAGAUUCUAUUCCGGCCUUCUCUUAAGGUCAUAGGUCAAUCUGGUUGCUAGGUGAUGCGGGGGGUCUACCAAGCGACGCAGUCUUUGUGAAUAUUUGAAUAUUUAUGAGAAGACGCAUUUUAGACUGAAUUGUCUGUAAAGAUGUAAGUUUUGUUUUUCUAUUUAAGUGCAUUACCUCCAGACCUGCUUCUCCAGCUCGUCUCUGUGCUGAGGCCCAAGCAGGAGAGCAGUGGUACACUACAGCAUUUGUAAACAUUGUACAGCCCCCCCCCCCCACCACCAC